CGCUCAAGAGCAUCCUGUGCCUGGCAGCUAUGGUGUUUAGAAGCACAGGACCAGAGUCUGUAGUGCAAACGCCGAUGGCCUAACAAAGGAUGUGUGUCACCGUCACCUCAAAAAUGGAAAGAGAAGUCUUCCUGUCUGGCCGCCAUCGGAAUGCUGCAGCCAUGGCCCUGCGCUACCUCAUGGCCGUGGGCCUCAACAAAGGCCACAAAGUGACGAAAAACGUCAGCAAGCCUAGACACAGCCGCCGCCGCGGGCGCCUCACCAAGCACACCAAGUUCGUGCGAGAUAUGAUCCGGGAGGUGUGCGGCUUCGCGCCCUACGAGCGGUGCUCCAUGGAGCUGCUCAAGGUGUCCAAGGACAAGCGAGCCCUCAAGUUUAUCAAGAAGAGGGUGGGCACGCACAUCCGCGCCAAGAGAAAGAGGAAGGAGCUGAGCAACGUGCUGGUAGCCAUGCGGAAGGCUGCGGCCAAGAAGGAUUGA